ACACACACGGUAGGCUACUCCUCAAACUGGUUUUCAGGCCAUAGGGCAUUUGUGAAGUUGGAUAUAGAAUAGAAGACGCCUUCAUGAGAUCCUUCUAGUGACAGUAUGGCAGGUAAGCAUUUCAGCAACUUAAUUUAUUAAAUGUUUUUAUCUUGAAAAAGAUUGAGUAGGUCUACGCGAUGUCCAGAAAACUAAAUGUUAGUUCCCUUGCCAACCAAAAUGAUUUCAAACUGAGUUUGCACUGUGUAGGUGAAAGCAAGUAGACAUUGGGCUUUCGGUUUGGGGGUCUUCAAAUGAUCUGCAAAGCGUUGCGUUUGCCGAUGAUUGUGGUUAGGCUGGCAAACCAUCAGAAGGGAACUUUACUGGUGUUUGGGGCAUUGAUCGAUUGAUGACUGGGGUUAGGUUGACAAACUGGCAAUCUGGGUUACUCUGUUGUGAAAAUGACUGACAGCCAACGAGUUAAACAUUUUGUAUUGCACUCUGCAGCGCCUGCAGAUGUUCCCCCACAACCCCAAAAUAGAAGAAAUGACAGGCCAAUCAUAGGUAUUUUGGCACAAGAGAUAAAAAAGCCUAAUCCUCAUGGCAAUUCUUACAUAGCAGCAUCUUAUGUCAAAAGCUUGGAGUCUGCAGGAGCACGAGUUGUUCCUGUGAUGGUGAAUCAGCCUGAGGAGGACUACCGUCAGUUGUUCCACUCUAUAAAUGGAAUGUUUCUUCCAGGUGGAGCAGCUAACCUUAUGACCUCUGGAUACGCUAAAGCAGCUAACAUCUUCUACAGACUCGCUUUAGAGGCUAAUGACCAGGGUGAUUAUUUCCCGAUAUGGGGAACUUGUCUUGGAUUUCAACAGCUCUUGGUGAUCACAAGCGGACAAAAUCUCCUGUGUCGCACCAACUCCACCGGAAUAUCUCUACCACUGGAGUUCAGACCAGAUGCCAAGCAUAGUAAACUGUUCAAGGACUUUCCACCAGAGUUGAUGACCUCCUUAGCCAGCGAAAACAUUACAGCAAAUUACCACAAGUGGAGCAUGUCGGUAGAGAAUUUCAAUAAGAAUGAGGAGCUGAGAAAGUUCUACAAAAUCCUAACUACCAAUAUGGAUGGGAACACAGAGUAUAUUUCUACAAUGGAGGCAUAUAAUUACCCUGUGUAUGCAACCCAGUGGCACCCAGAGAAGAGUGCCUUUGAGUGGAGAAGGUCGUACUACCCCCACACACCAUCUGCCAUCAAAACGGCCUUCUACAUGGCAGACUUCCUUGUUAACGAGGCCAAGAAGAACUUCCAUUCCUUUGCCACUAAAGAGGAAGAAGAGAAGCAUUUGAUCUACAACCACAUUCCAAUAUUCACUGAUUUAUCUAAAUGUUUCCUCCAAAAGUAUUUCUUUACUACAGUAAAACAAUAAUAAAACGAUAUCUGC